AUGACGACUACCGAGAAGCCCCUGGCUUCAGCCGCGAAGGCUCCCGGUGCAGCGACAGAGAAGCCGACGACGGCCUCACCCGCCUCCAAGGGCGCAGGAGUACCGCCGCUGAGGAAAAAGAGCUCGGCGUCGACAUCAUCGGUCGGAGACGCCAAGGACAAAGACAAGGACAAGGACAAGAUCACCAAGCGCCGCGCCGCGAGGGCCUGUGUCAGCUGCCGAGCUCGCAAGGUCCGCUGCGACGUCGUCGAGGGAGCACCAUGUGGCAAUUGCAGAUGGGACAAUGUCGAAUGCAUUGUCCAGGAGAGCCGCCGUCGCAACGGACCCCGGUCCCGUCCUGGUCACAGGAAAAACAUCUUUACUGCUUCGAAUGGAGCGGGGCACGUGGCCGGAGGUGCCGAGGCACUGCGGGCGAAACCGCUCAGCGCCAACCCAAUCAGCAUCACGAGCGCUGACCUGCGCAAACCGAGUACCGCGACGACCAUCUCCAUGACGGGCAUUGAAAACUCGGCCGCCGGCGGUGGAGCUGCGCCCCUGAUGGACGGGAUUGAUGGUCAUAUGCCCCAUCUCAUCUAUCAGCGCCAGAAUGGAUUCCAGCCGGAUACUGCGGCCUUGCUGUCCAAGCUUGGCGACGCCAGCAACCCCCAGCUGCUCUGGUCGAAUCCCGUGCUCAACCAGACAUCCUUGUUUGGCGACCUGCGUACCAAUCAGUUCCUAAACUCUCUAGAAGAGCCUGACUUGGACGCCCAACUGCCAGCGUUCAUCAAGCCGCUCCCCUCCAAGAUCGCAGCCGAGGAUGAGAAGUACCUCAAGACCAAGGGAGCUCUCACCCUCCCUAGCCUGUCUCUGCAGAGCGGGCUCUUGAAGGCCUACAUUGAGUUUGUACAUCCGUACAUGCCCAUCAUCGAACUGCAUGACUUCCUGGCGAUUGUCAAUUCCCGAGAAGGCUUCCAUGGCCAAGUCAGCCUGUUCCUUUACCAGGCUGUCAUGUUCUCGGCCACGGCCUUUGUCGGAACAAAGUACCUGAAAGAAGCGGGAUACUCGAGUCGCAGGGCCGCGCGGAAAGACUUUUUUACCAAGACCAGGCUGCUCUACGAUUUCGACUACGAGUCUGACAGGCUCGUCCUCGUGCAAGCGUUGUUGCUGAUGACGUAUUGGUACGAAACUCCCGAUGACCAGAAGGACACUUGGCAUUGGAUGGGCGUUGCCAUCUCUCUGGCGCACACAAUCGGACUGCAUCGCAACCCUGCCAACACCAACAUGGCUCCACGCAAGCAAAAGCUCUGGAAGAGGAUCUGGUGGUCAUGUUUUAUGCGUGAUCGCCUGAUCGCUCUGGGCAUGCGCCGACCCACAAGGAUCAAGGACGAGGAUUAUGAUGUGCCCAUGCUGGAGAUGGCGGAUUUCGAAAUCGAAGUGCUUGCCAGCGACAACCAGAUCAUUCCGGCUGAGUGCCUGACGAUCCGCGAUAUCAGCAUGCAACAACAGCUCGCCGAGAUGUGCGUGCAGAAGACGCGGCUGUGUGUGCUGGUGAGCCAGAUGCUGAAGGCGCAGUACUCUGUGCUCAUCAGGGAUCCGGCCAGGCCGGACCAGACGACCAACAGCACCAUGAUGCUCUUCCCGAACAAGACGCUGGAGAACGUGGGCAAUGUGAACAUGGUCGACCUCGAGCUGACCAGCUGGCUCGAGGCACUGCCGCCUUCGUGCAAGUAUCGCCCCAUCACGUCAGAAGAGGUCAAGAAGGGCCAGGCAGCCCUCGCGGUGCAGCGUAGCCUCCUCCACAUGGUCUACUACACGACCAUCUCGGCUCUGCACCGCCCGCAGUUCCUGCCUUCGUCUCCUCUCCAGCAGCCCAGCAUCUCGCGCCAGAUCCAGGAGAUGUCUCGCAUGCGGGUUCGAGACUCGGCCAACCAGAUCACCAACAUGGUUGCUGAGCUGCACAAGUACCACCUGGAGAAGUUCCUGCCGACAACCGGCGUGACGGUCAUCCUUCCGGCAAUGAUCAUCCACCUGCUCGAGAUGAAGAACCCCCUCUCGGAGACGCGGGAGAGGGCCACCAGGGGGUUCCAGCAGUGCAUGCAGGUCAUGGUGCAGCUCCGAGAGAUUUAUGCGGCUGCCGAUUUCGCCACGGGAUUCUUGGACGCCGCGCUGCGAAAGGCCUCGAUCGACAUGGCCGGCAUCGACAACCAACAAGCCACCGCGGCGGCGGCGAGCCUGAACCUCGGCAACCUCAUGGCCCAGCAACAGAACGCCGAGGACCUCUCAACGCCGCCGCCCGAGAACGCGCCGUACCUCAACUCGACCGAGGUCAAGCUGUACCAUUCUCACCGCUCGUAUAUGCAGAAGACGGGCUCGACAUCGGUGGCACCCGACGGGGCGGGACACUCGCCGCCGCCGACGGAGAAGGACCUCGACUCGGCGGUCGGGCUGACGCCGUCGGCCAGCGGGUCGUCAGAAGGCGGCAUGGUGGACGGCGAUUUCGGCAUGGGCCAGGAGUCGAUCGAUUGGAACGCCGUGUCCGGCACCAACCUGGACUUUGACCAGUGGCUGCAGUUCCCGGCCGAGGGCGUCAACAACACGGACGAUGCCUUUAUGGGCAUGUUCGAUGCCGGCGAGGACGCCGGCCACCAGGCUCUGCCGACCCAGACCCUGUCGUGGGCCGGGACGGCGGACGACAAGAUGGACAUUGAUGGGCAGGCGGGACUUCCCAUCCUUGCGUGA